AUGGCUUGUGAAACGUUUAACCAAGAUCUUGAAAUGAUUAACGCAGGCUGCUGUAGUCUUGAUAGUCCUUUAACCACUCAUUUUCUGCUUCCUGCUUUCGAAGGAAACCAUCUCUGCCCGAGAUUUUAUGGAAAGAUUGAAGAUAAGAAGAAAGUCUGUCAUGCCUUAAAAGAAGACAUGCACGCAGAAGUACAGACCAAAUGGGGAGAAUUAAAAUGUCAUUGCUCACGAAUUCCUAUCAUACGUCUUAGUAAAACUGCCAGAGACGUAAACAAAGUCUUCUUAACCUGUGGAACACCCGCUACAGCUGACACCUGCUGCAAAUAUUUUCAGUGGAUCCACACACCACUGUUUAUCGAUAAGAGACCCAUCCAUAAUCUCAAGUAUGCUACAAACCUGACCCGAACCGAAUGGAUGCAACAAGCUGAAACCAAUGUUGAAAAGUGGAAACAGCAAAAUAGAUGGUACAAAGUGAAAAAACAAAACGUCCAAACCCAAACAGAAUGGGCGGAGGAGAAACAGAAACAAGCAUGGUUGAACCAGUUUGCCGAAUCAGCCAAAAAGCAAAAAGAACAAAGAAAAUCUCAAACAAGUUAUCCUUGGAAGAGCACACCACCGCCAAGUGCCUUUCAUUUAACGCCUGAGAUAGCCAAGGAGCUUAAGAAACGUGAGCACUGGAAAGAGGUCCAAAAUAUUGCCAAUCAUGAGUUUUAUGCUCGCAUCAAAAGGAGAAAGCAAGUUCCUGAGGAAGAUAGAAGUUUAGCAUCCUAUUUGCAGAAGCAAAAAUUGAAAGGUGUUAUGUUAUCACUUGCUGAUGAAAAGUAUUUAGAAGCUUGUCAACCCAACAAACAUGAUGAGUGGAAACCUCCCCCAGGUGCAGAAAAAUAUGAGAAGAACGAAGCAGCCAUCGCAAAAGCGGCGUAUGUUGACUGGCCUUUUUGUUAUUUGCCUGAAAAAGUGUGCCGUUUAGCUUCCUAUUGCCGCAACAGAAAGCAGAAGGGAUUGCCUUUAACGCCAGUUCAGGAACGUUUUUUUGCUCAAUUAGUGAAUGUGUAUCAUGAGCCUGAACUGCCCAAGUGUCAUGAACAAUUUUUUGAAGGUCUCAAACAAGGAGCUUCCAUACAAUGUGUCAAUUUUUAAAUAAAAGCGUUGAAAAGGAAUUUUUUUGUGGCUGUUUUCUGGUUAGAGUUAAACCCUAGCCUCUUGGGAUUAUUGCUGUGACUUGCCCAGAUGACGUGUUUCUAUUUUUACAUCAUAUGUAUAAAGGGAUGAUUUUGUUUUCAAGUGAGCCACACAACCAUGGGUAAUCUACAGUAUAGAAGCACUGUGUGGAUUUGUCGACAUUUGUGUCAAGACUCUGACAUCCCUCAAGACCCAUGCCCUCCUAUUCGUUUGUUUAAGUUCAUGGUGUAUCAGCAGAUGAGCUCGGAACGUUACGCUAUGAACAUCACCUGGUUACAUCAACACUUUCCUUACCAAGGAUUAAUCGUGUUUCGCUAG